CUGUUGGUGGACUGUGAUUGCAUGAUGGUUGCGCUGCAGUAAAACAGUCGUCCAGUCCCUUUCACAUUUCAGCCGGGCAUCAUGAACCCCAGGAGCCCGAGUCUGAAGUUUAUUUUGACAGCACUUGGGGUUUUAUCCGUCUCCCUAUCGGUGUGCGACAGCGUGCGCUUCACAUCUGCAGAAGCGGAUCUUUUGAGCACGACUGUUCAAGACAGACCAACAGCAAAGCAGAAGCACUAUGGGACCACAGUACCUCUUCAGCUUGUUGGACAAGACUGGAAACCAAUCAGCCAGCUCAAAUCCCAGAGUCACCCUGCAUCACUGAAGCUCCUGAUUGAAGUGGAAGGUGAGCAGAUGCUGCUGGCCCUGGAGAAAAACAACUGUGUGGUCCAAGAUGCAUCAGCUGAACAACAGGAGCUACAUUCAUACCUUCCAGUGAUCAAUGAACCACAGAUGAUCGAGGAGGGGCUCUUUGCAAGAAACUACACAGAAACCUAUUACCUGGAAGAUGGUAGUGCGGUCACGGGCUCCCAUGACUUCACGAAAAACUGCUACUACCACGGUGAGGUGGAGGGUCAUGUCAGCUCGGACGUCAGCCUCAGUAUUUGUGCUGGGAUUAAGGGUUUCAUAUCUCUUGAAGGGAAAUCCUAUGUACUGGAGCCAUCUACUGAUCACUCCGAUGGAACUCACUGGAUCUACACAGCAGAACACCUCAGUUUUACUCCUGGCUCCUGUGGCCAUAAUUUCAACGUAUCCUAUCCCACUGAACGUACCGACAGCAGUCUGUUCAGGGCUUUCAGCACAAGGCACAAACGCCAUGCCCAGACAACAACCAAGUAUGUGGAGCUGAUCAUUGUAGCUGACAACAGAGAGUUCCAGAAGCAAGGCAAGGACUUAGAGAAGGUAAAGCAGCGACUGGCUGAGAUCGCCAAUUAUGUGGACAAGUUCUAUAGGGCUCUAAAUAUCCGAGUGGCUCUGGUGGGCUUGGAGGUGUGGAGUGAUGUGGACAAGUGUCCUGUCACCCAGGAUCCCUUCACCACCUUGCAUGAAUUCCUAGACUGGAGGAAGGUCAAGCUGCUGCCUCAGAAGCCACAUGACAAUGCCCAGCUAAUCAGUGGGGUCUAUUUCCAGGGCACCACGAUCGGUAUGGCGCCCAUCAUGAGUAUGUGCACAGCAGAGCAGUCAGGAGGAAUUGUCAUGGACCAUUCAGACAACCCCCUGGGCGCUGCUGUCACUCUGGCCCACGAGCUCGGACACAACUUUGGAAUGAACCACGAUACGCCAGAAAGGGGGUGUGGCUGCAGGGUGACAGUGGACCGUGGAGGGUGCAUCAUGACUCCCUCCACUGGGUAUCCAUUCCCCACGGUGUUCAGCAGCUGCAGCAAAAAGGACCUGACAGCAAGCUUUGAAAAAGGCGUCGGGAUGUGUCUGUUUAAUAUGCCUGAGGUCAAAGUGCUCUAUGGUGGACAAAAAUGUGGCAACGGCUAUGUGGAAGAGGGAGAGGAGUGUGACUGUGGAGAACUGGAGGAAUGUAUGAAUCCCUGCUGCAAUGCCACUACCUGCACUCUGAAGGGAGAUGCUGUGUGCGCCCAUGGACAGUGUUGCCAGGACUGUCAGCUGAAGCCAGCAGGCACUCCAUGCCGUGAAUCCAGUAACUCCUGUGAUCUGCCUGAGUUCUGCACUGGUACCAGCCCUCACUGCCCCUCCAACGUCUACCUGCAUGACGGCCACACCUGCCACAACGUGGAUGGCUACUGUUAUAACGGCAUCUGCCAGACACACGAGCAGCAGUGUAUCACGCUGUGGGGCCAAGGAGCCAAACCAGCUCCAGGUAUCUGCUUUGAAAGAGUAAACUCAGCAGGAGAUCCUUAUGGCAACUGUGGCAAGGACUCCAAAGGUUCCUUUGCCAAAUGUGAAGCAAGAGAUGCUAAAUGUGGCAAAAUCCAGUGUCAAGGAGGAGCUAACCGCCCAGUAAUUGGCACCAACGCUGUUUCCAUAGAAACAAAUAUACCCCUGCAGGAAGGAGGAAGGAUACUGUGCCGAGGUACACAUGUCUACCUGGGUGAUGACAUGCCUGAUCCCGGCCUGGUACUGACAGGGACCAAGUGUGGAGAUGGAACGAUGUGCCUGAAUCGUCAGUGCCAGAACAUCAGUGUUUUCGGUGUGCAUGAGUGCUCAGCCAAGUGCAGCGGUCGAGGGGUGUGCAACAACAACAAGAACUGUCACUGUGAGGCUCACUGGGCGCCUCCAUUCUGUGACAAAGUGGGAUUUGGAGGGAGUGUGGACAGUGGCCCCAUCAGAUUAGCAGAGAGUGGGAAUCUGACAGUUGGCAUCCUGGUGGCUCUCCUCACCGUCCUUGGAGCUGGUCUGAUUGUCUGCAUCAAGAGAAAAACUCUACUGGCUCUGCUCUUUACCAGUAAAAAGAACCCAAUUGAGAAGCUCAGAUCAGUAAGCACUGCAAUCAGUGGACCUUCCUCUACUAACCGGCCUCCAUCAGUGAGCACAUCGCCAUCUCGACUGGCCCCACCUCUGCCACACAGUGCCACCAUCUUCAAGCCUCUUCACCGCGGGGCAGAGGCAGUGCUCCCACCAGCCCCCUGCCCCCCCCACAGCCUGCGCCGACUGCCCCAGUGUCCUCCGGUUCACCUCAGCCACACUGUACCUGUGUCUCUCACCCUGUCUCUCUCCACUGGCCCCGGGCAGCAGAGACCCCCAGCGCCUCCACCUCACCGAACCCCUCCACCUCACUUCCAUGUCGCAACCAGGGGAGCAUCAUUUCACAGUGUCUCACGCCUUAACUCCUGCAGGAUGGUCAUGGAGUUAGAGAAGCCCAGUCCUCCUCAGAAACCCCUUCCCGCUGAUCCAAGGAGCUCUCGUCUGGUUCAAAGUCCCUCUGUUGUACAGGGCCACACUCUAGUCCAAGGACCCUCUACUGUUUGUGGCCCUGCACCAAAACCCAGUAUAUCUACACCUAUGCGCCCUGUCCCACAUCCCAAGAGACCCAGUCCCAAGCAGCCUCCAACUCUACCAAAGCCUUGCAUAAUUGCCAGUGUCAAAUACAGCAGCUGAGACUUUGGCCAGAAGGGACGUUUUUGUGAAAAGACACUAAAAAAAAUUGCACUAUGAAAAAUCUGAAAACCUUAAAAAAGAUGGUGGCUUCUCUGAGGUCGAAUCAGAAGAUCUACCAUGGCCCUUUGGCGUUCUUUCUCUGAAUGGUGCUAUGAGUCUGAGCUCAGGUACAUCAAAAUUAUUUAUAUUCUGUAUUUAUUGUCACACAGGGCUCUGUGCCAGACGUUUUUACAACACGGUAGCAACUUAAAAUUUUGAUUUGUUGUUUGCAUUGAUUUCAAUUUUUUUCACAUCAGCUGAUCUUAAUCAAGGAGAUUAAUGGGAGACUUACAAAAAAGCCAAUCUGUGAAAUUGUGAUUGCAAAAAUGUUUUUGUGAAAUGUGUUUUAAUGAAGAAAUCCUUUUACCUGAUAGUUUUGUUCUAUGUAAUAACAGAAGGGUUACUGUGCAAUCUCAGAUGAGAACAGAGAAAACUUCACACAAUGCUUCUAGUUCAUUUGCAGUUUUUCUCGAAGGGUAACACUCUGAGCCAGGCUGAAAACGACAAGAGAAAAAGAACACCCUUUUGCUACAGCAGGUCUGCAAAUGUGAUUGAUUAAACAACUGAAACACUGUGGGGGAGUGAUGGACUGAAAAUACAGCCCUGUUUCUUGUCCAUUUAUAUUACAGAGAGGUAAGUUGAACUGUGAAAUGUCACUGAUUUGCCAUUUCCUUUGCAUUAACAAGACCCGAGAAGCUCGCUCGAGGAAUCUAUGAACUGAACAUGGAUUUUAAAUAAGCCAAGAUCAAGAAGCACUCACCCCUCAGAGAGAGUGAACUCCUCUCAAAUAUUGCUCUACUAAAGGUCAUGCAUGUUUUUGAGCAUUUCUCCCUAUGCCUGUCUACAUCGAGGACUCUGUGAGAAACUAAAGAUUUUCUUAUGGCAGGAGUCACAUGUUUCACAGAGGGACUCGCAUCUAAACACCCAGUGUCUGACUACAGUGUUUAUUUGUAGAUUUUAAAUCAUGUUUGAUAGAUUCACUCAACAAAGACACAUUUCUCAAUCUUACUGCCACUGCCACCAGCCAUCCAAAACUAACUGGCAGUAAUUCCUUUUCUAUUUUGUGUACCUUUUUGCUUUGGCUGUCGAGAUAUGUUUUAUCAAGCCAAUCUAAUGCCAUAUACAAAAUCCUGCACAAAUUAGAUGUUGUAAUUGAGUGUUUUAUUAUUUUUGCAGACGUGUUACUGGAUUGCACCAUGUAUACAUUUACAGUGAGCAAUAUUUCUUUUAAGCACAGCUCUUAUUCACAAAUAUGUAGGCCGAGAACAGACAGACUAGAUUUUUGUUACUUUUAAUAACUUAUCUUUUUAAUAAUGCAGUAGUUUUGCAUUCAAUGCUUUGUUUUCUUUGCUCUUUCAAUGCUAUGUACCCAUGUGCCAAUAGACAGUAUUUGAUCCCAGUCACUUGACUGUAGGCUUACACUAUGUCUAUGUUCCUUGUAUGUUGUGUUACAGGUGAACACAAUUUCAUGGAGAAUGCUUUUUUUUAUGAUGAUUGAUACAUCAUAUGUAAAGAAAACCCGUGUCAGUGUCGAGUCAUGCUAUUUUGAGCACUCAACAGUAAUAUUAAAACUGCUUUUAAAAGAGUUCAGCACUCACUCUUUACAUAAUGUGAACUGAGGCUCAGAUAACGAUACACAACUGAGAAACUCCUGAUCACUGCAAUGGACUAAUCUAAUUACAAAGUUGCUGAUGCAAGCAGAGUUUAUUUGCCAAAAAAGGUUAGAGGUUGGCAUGCAAAGGUAAAAAACAAUAAGACAACAAUUAGCCAUGUACUGCAGGUUGCCCAGCUCUUGUGUUAAUAGUUUACCUAUUUUCAGGUGCCAUAUUGACAUAUUUUACAUUUGUUCUUGGUUACUAUCAGACCUAUAGGAGGCUAUAUUUUACACGACAGUGGAGUUGAA